AUGGCAUCUUAAAGUGAAGAAAAAGAUCUAAUUGGAUCCAUUUUAAAUGGUAUUAAUAAUUAAUAAUCCUAGAUGAUGAUGAGAUUUCAUUAAUCUCAACUGUGUCUCAGAAGAGGAAAUAAUUAUCACUCAAAUCAAAAGAAUAUAAUCCUGAAUAAGACAUCAAUUAGGAUUCUAUCCUCACUUCAAAUUCUAGCAGAAUUUCAACGGGAUCAGCAUCAUAAUUGAAAUAGCAAAUAUUUUUUCAUACAUAAACCUCUAUAGAAAUGUAUUUAUUUAUAUAUAUAAUCCUUUUGCAGACAUUCAUAAUUAUCUAAUGCUUUAAUUUAAGCCUCAGAAUAGAAAUUCUUUAGUUCAUAAGAUAAAUGUUAAUGUAUAAAAUUUAUAAUAUCUAGUAGCAAUUGAUCCUCGAGGAAAACUGUAAUUGAAAUAAAAAGCCAAAAAGGAUCUCACAGUUUAACCUAUGGAAUCUUAACAUAAACAAUAUUAGUUAAGUAGUGUUCAAAUUCUUGAUGGAAAAUUGUUACUUAGCUAAAAGGAUCUUGUAAGUAUAAUUAUUAAAAAUUGUUAGUAACAAAUAUGUGGUAAUCAAUUGGUUAAUAGAAAAUUAUAAAAUGUGUUGGAUAAUAAUGAUCGAAAUCAAAAACAAAUCAUUUUUUGUUAAAUUGAAAAAGAUUGUCUUAAAACAGCUAAAGAUAUGUUUGGUAACUAUACAGUUUAAAAAAUAUUUGAUGUUGCAGAUUAUGAAUAAAAGUAUAAAUUAUAUUCUCUUUUGAUUUGUCACUUGUUGGAAUUAUCAAAAAAUUAAUUUGCUUGUAGAGUUGUUUCGAAGACGAUCUAAUUCAUCAAGUAACCAUUUAUCUAUUCUAAGAGAUUCUCAAGAAUUAAUUGAGUCAUUAAUUAAAACACUUUAUCCACAUAUAAAUUAACUUUUAAAUGAUGUCAAUGGCAAUUUUGUAUUACUUUCAUGUUUUGAAAUAUUAGAAAAAUCGAAAUUACUUUUCAUUAUUCCCUAAAUUGAAUAAUCUGUAAUUUAUGUUAUUAUUUUAGAUUAUCCCUCUCUCGAAGUCGACUUAUGGUUGUAGAUUAAUUCAAAAAGUCUUAGAACUUUACCCUUUAGAAAUAACCUAAAGAAUUCUAGAUCUAUUAAUUUCUUUCUCCUAUUAAUUAUGCUUUUAGGAAUUUGGAAACUAUAUCAUCUAAUCACUUCUUAGAAGUGGACCAUAAAAGGAAAAAUCUUAAAUUUGCCAAACUAUUAAGGAAAAUUUCGAAUAACUAAGUUGUAAUAAGUUUGGUAGCAAUACUGUUGAAAAAUAUCUUGAUCUUCUUGGACCUUCUUAAAUUAUUAAGAACUUAUGUAAAAUAUCAAAUGACCAGUACUUUAUUGAUUAAUGCUAGUUUUGUAUUUUAUAACUUAUCCAUCCAUCCUUUUGGAAAUUAUGUUAUGAAAAAGGUUCUAAUAAGUGAUGAUCCAUCAGUCGAUUAUCUAAAAUCACUAUUCAAACAGAAUCCAGAUCUUAUAUUCUAAAUAAAAAACUCUGAAUUCGGAUAAAGAGUUGGUUAAAUUUUGGAUACUUUAUGA